CUAUUUCCUUCUCCCUAAGAGGGAGGCAAGACUGUCCGCUUCUUCUAAGGCGUCUCACUGCAGGGUUAUUCUAAGGACCCAAUGCGCUGCAUGGGAAAGACAGGUUAAACACUGAGAAAUAUAAACCAGAGGCAGUUUCUCGACAUGGAGAACCAAGCCCAUAAUACAGCGGGAGCUUCUCCUUGUGAGGCUGAGCUUCAGGAAUUAAUGGAACAAAUUGACAUCAUGGUCAGCAACAAGAAAUUGGACUGGGAAAGGAAGAUGCGGGCUUUGGAGACAAGGUUAGAUCUUCGGGAUCAAGAGUUGGCAAAUGCACAGACUUGUUUGGAUCAGAAGGGUCAAGAGGUGGGAUUACUUAGACAGAAGUUGGACAGUCUGGAAAAAUGUAACUUAGCAAUGACACAGAAUUAUGAAGGACAACUGCAAACCCUAAAAGCUCAAUUUUCCAAACUAACUAAUAGCUUUGAAAAACUGAGAUUACACCAGAUGAAACAAAAUAAAUUUCGACGAAAAGAGUUACCACAUCUCAAAGAAGAAACACCCUUUGAACCAAGUAAUUUGAACCAGAAAUUAGAGGAAUUUAGAACAAAAUCAAGAGAAUGGGACAAGCAGGAGAUAUUAUAUCAGACUCAUCUGGUUUCUUUAGAUGCUCAACAAAAACUAUUGUCUGAGAAGUGCAAUCAAUUUCAGAAACAGGCACAAAGUUACCAAACUCAACUAAAUGGUAAAAAGCAGUGCAUGGAAGGGGACAGCAGCUCUGAAAUUCCUCGGUUGAUAUGUGAACCAGAUGCUAGUUGUGAAACGAGUGGAAGAGAUGAGUUCAUUAUUGAAAAACUAAAAUCAGCUGUGAGUGAAAUAGCAUUAAGCCGGAAUAAGUUACAAGAUGAAAAUCAGAAGCUCUUACAGGAACUGAAAAUGUACCAAAGACAGUGCCAGGCCAUGGAAGCAGGACUCUCAGAGGUGAAAAGUGAGUUACAGUCACGUGAUGAUCUCUUGAGAAUUAUAGAAAUGGAACGACUGCAGUUGCACAGAGAAUUAUUAAAAAUAGGAGAGUGCCAAAAUGCGCAAGAAAAUAAAAAAAGACUUGAAUCAUCUUAUUCACCUUCUAUUAAAGAACCAGAAAGGAAAAGGAAAGAACUGUUUUCACUGAACCCAGAUCAACCAAAUCAUGAGAAAGAACUGACUAAGAUAAGGAGCCAGCUCUACCAGGAGGAAGAGCACCACAGCUGUGAGCAGGAAAGAAUGAGGAACGAAAUCUCUGACCUAACAGAGGAGCUUCAUCAGAAGGAGAUCACUAUAGCAACUAUCAUGAGGAAAGCUGCCCUUCUGGAGAGACAGCUGAAGAUGGAGUUAGAAAUCAAGGAAAAAAUGUUAGCAAAACAACAGGUCUCAGAUAUGAAAUAUAAAGCUGUCAGGACUGAAAACACACAUCUGAAAGGAAUGAUGGGAGAUUUAGACCCUGGACGGUACAUGAGCAUGGACUGCGUGAACAGGGAACAUUCAAGGUACACAUCCAUUAACAAACUGGAGUAUGAAAAUGAAAGGCUCCGAAGUGAUCUUGCAAAACUUCAUGCCAGUGGAAAGCCAGUGUGGGCUAACCACAGCACCUACGAAGAACCGGUGCAGUAUGCCUAUCAAAACCAAAAAAAAAUGGAAAAAAAUGAAUAUAGUCUUAGCCCAGACUGCGAGCCAAAUAGAAGUGCAACGCCUCCAUUGCCACCUUUGCCGUUUCAAAUUAAAGAGAUGACAAGUCCUUUGGUUAGUGAUGAAGAAGUAUUCCCACUGUCUCCCCCAGACACAUCUUUCCCAGCUUCCCUGGCCACGCAGCAUUUCCUCAUGGAGGAAGAGAAGCGAGCAAAAGAACUUGAAAAACUUCUAAAUACACAUAUUGAUGAACUGCAAAGACAUACAGAAUUUACUCUCAAUAAAUACACCAAGCUAAAACAAAAUAGACACAUAUGAGCUUUCAAACUUUUUUUAUUUGUUCCCCCAUCCCAACAACAAAAAAAGCUCUGGCAAAAUAUUUACGAAGCUGAUUAAUGAAACUGAGAAAUUUUGUUCUGUUUUCUUGAGUAAAUCAUUUCUGUAAGGCAGCUAGAAAAUAGUAAGUAUUUUGUUCGAUCACGCUAUCUGUAUAUCUGCAUUAACAUAAUAAAUUGUUUGGCUAUAGAAUUACUAUAAAAUAAACAUCACUACUCCAAAAGAGCACUUUUUUUCCAGUCUAGGGAUAUUUUGGAAUUAAAUGUGCAGUUUUAUUCCCACUUGAAUCAUGUACACUGAAAACCCACUUCCUCUGUAACCACCAAGAAGGAGGGAAAGGGCGGCAUUAUAUUUAUUCCAACUGUAAAUGAGUCAAGUGCAGCCCAGUUGGACUAGUUUGAAAACUCAAGGAUUUUUGAAAAUGAAAAAUAUUAAGUAUUUUGAGGUAUAUAAACAUCCUAAAACCUCUAUUAGGAAGAAAAAAACCUAUCUUUACUGUUUCUGCACUCAUCUUUGUAAUGUCUCUGUUUCAACACAAUGGAAUGUGCUGUCCACACCCCUGCAAUAUGUGUGCCAAAUAUUAAUGCUUUCUUGUCAAUAUUGUUACUUCAUGGACAUGAACAAGAUAAAGAAAAUAUAAAGCAUUGUUGUUGUAAUACCUAUUUUUAAUAAAAGAAUGCAAAAUUCUAUGGACUUGAAACACAAAUGUCAAAUCUUU